AUGAAGCUAAUGUCGCUGUGGGUGUUCUGUGCCAUCAUCGGCCUAUGCGCAGCGCAGACUUUGGAACAGAGCACUGCUGCAGAAUGUCCUGAGGUGAAAAUCCUUGAAGUUGGAGACUCUGAUAAGCUGACCAUUCUACAAGGAUGUCCAGGAGCUCCUGGGAAACAGGGUCACCCAGGACCCCCAGGAAUGCCAGGCCCGAGAGGUGACAAAGGUGACAAGGGUACCUCAUGCCCAAAAGAAUUCAACGGUGCUCGAAGCUGCAAGCAGCUGCAGGAUAUUGGCUUUCACCUUACUGGAUGGUAUACAAUAUACCCCGAUGGCCGGCGACCUUUGGCUGUCUUGUGCGAUAUGGAUACUGAUGGAGGAGGCUGGAUUGUGUUUCAGAGGCGUCUGGACGGGUCAUUGGAUUUUGACCGUGACUGGAACAGCUAUGAACGUGGGUUUGGAAGCCAGCUGAAUGAAUUUUGGCUGGGAAACCAAAAUCUCUAUCGGCUUACCUCAUCUGGGAUAUAUGAUCUGCGCUUCGAUUUAGAAGACUUUGAUGGGAAUUGUACCUAUGCUACUUAUAGCAACUUCCAAGUGGAGAGAGAAGCGGAACAGUACACCCUACGCUAUGGUUCAUACGCGGGGGGCACCGCAGGGGAUUCACUCCUAACACAGAGGGACCAGGCCUUCUCUACCAAAGACCAGAACAACGACAAGUCCAGUCGUAAAGAGAGAAGCUGUGCUGAAUAUUUCAAAUCAGGCUGGUGGUACGAAGCCUGCCACCUGUCCAACCUGAAUGGCGAGUACAUCAAAGGGGAGCACAAGAUCAAGGGUAGAGGCAUCAUAUGGAACUCUUUUAGGGGCAAUUUUUACUCGCUGAAGUCCACACAAAUCAAGUUCCGUCCACGCCCCUCAGUGGUUGGUUGA